CAAUUAUUGGGCAUCGCAAAUGGUUAUCAAACUGUUGCUGGCUAGUUAAGAGCCAGGCGGUGGCGGCAUCGCAUGCCAAUGUUGAUCAUGAUCUCGUAGCGGUAAAUAAGCUAAAAUAUAUAAAUACAAGUAUAUAUGCCACAAACAAAGAAAUCGUGUUGGUCGAAAUCAAAAUAAAUGUUUAUCAAACAAUGAAAACGUGAAAAUUUGUAGUAAAAAAACGGGUAUUGUGUAAUUAGUAGCGACAAGAUGAACAAAACCAUCUUGCACUGGAGCUAUUUAAAUUUUAAGGAUGUCCCCAUGGACUUGUUUUUGUACGAGGAUUUGGAGGAAGUGUAUCUCAAAGAGAACUAUAUAUCUGUUAUACCCAAAUGGCUGUUGAACAUAACAACGUUGAAAUUUAUACACCUGGCCGGAAAUAAUCUGACCGAAUUACCUGUUGAUAUCUACAUGUUAGAGAACCUCGAAUUCUUGGAUGUAUCGAACAAUGAAUUGCGUGAGCUGCCCAAUACUCUGGGCCUGUUGUUGCAUCUGCAGCAAUUAAAUGUGAGCGGUAAUCAGUUAACGGAGUUGCCUGCAGAGCUGAGCACCAUGCGCAAUCUAGAACAUCUCAAUAUAUCCAAGAAUCAGCUAAAACGUCUGCCCAUACAGCUAAGCGAAUGUCUGCGUCUUAAUGAACUGAAUGUGAGCGACAAUGCGGAGCUACUCCAUAUACCUGAGCGAAUUGCCAAUCUGCCUAUGCUGCAGUCUCUUGCCGCAGAUCGUUGUGCCCUCAUCUAUCUGCCGGCUGCACUGUCCAAAUUCAUGAAUCACGUCCGAAUCUUUCACAACACGGCUAUCAAUUACAUACCCAUGGUAUAUGAGCGCUUUUAUCAAAGCUUCUACGACAACAGACAGAAAGUAACACCCAUGCCCAUUUCUCCUAAAGGCUUGUUUUGGAUCCGUGAACUGGAGACAAAUAGUCGCCUACUGCUGCCUGUGGGCACACGUAAAGUCUACCCUGUACCCUCGGCAGAAAACCAAGUUACCCUCUACGAUGACUGCUUACAUGCAUUGCAGAGUCUAAACAGGCAUCUUCCCGUUUAUGAGAACACGGCACUACAUCGCUUGCUGCCAGAGCCAUAUAUGAGCGCUCACAUUAUAAAUGGACCUAUUGCGCGAUGUACUACGACCAACUGUUCCAGCUGCUUGUAUACCACGUACUACUUCAUGGUGGUGAAACGACGCGGCAGCAGCUCCAAGCAACUUUUCACAUGCAACUUCUGCACCCAGUACUGUGCCCUGCAAUGGCUUAGCAGCAAUGUUAAGAAAUAUUAUCAAUUAGAUUGGAAAAUUUCAAGCGAUAACGAUGUUGACAGCAUUUCAGAAUGAGGUUAUGUUUUCAAAUUAAAUCCUGUAUAAACUCUACAUAGCCAUACUACUUGUAUAUAACUAUGUACCAUCUAAAUUAUACGUAAACAAUGCUUAAUCAUUACAAAAAUA